AUGAGGACCGUGGAUUUGUAUGACCCAUUCCAGAAAAAAAGAAGGAUGCAAUCAUCGGCGAUUGCUCAGCAUAAUCUACAUGUAUCUAGUGAGGAUGUAGUAUUUAGCAUCUUGGAGCCAGGGAGAGAGGAGCGCACUUACCACAACCCUUUCAUGGUUUGUUCAAGCAUGGGCGAAUAUCUAGAUGUCCUGUCAGCUCAUGAUGGGUGGAAAGACGGUAAAAGAUUGAAGACGGUGAACUUUGAAACGGCAGAUGACGGCCGGUCAUUGGACUUGGGAUUUCCUUCAUCUGAUUACGACCGGAUGACCAACAACCACAACCAACCACAAUCAGACAUGUUGGAUAUGCAAUUCCCCACCUUGUCUGAUGAUGACCGGUCAAAUGGUGAGAUGUUGGACUUGGGAUUUCCCCCACAGCCGGACGAUGAGGAUAUGCUCGAUUUGGGGUUUGAUAUUGACGUCAAAGAUGGGGCUCUUGAAAUGGGCUUCAACACACAUCUGGCAGAUGACUCGCUGGAUAAAGGGAAUAAUAUUCCACCAGAAAAAAAUCCUUUAGAGAUGGGUUUCGAGAUGGAUGUGGUGCAUGUUGAUCCGGAUCAGUCUUUCGCCAUCAGUUGA